AAAUGCAGUAAUCACAAUACACCAUCAUGUUCCGUCAGCUUCAGCUCUUAGCCCUUUUAUUUUCAGCCGCGUUUGCUGCAUCAGAUCUAUCUGAUUUGGAUAAAGCUGCAUCCGAUCAGUUGGUGGCUGUCGUUCAGUUAUUUAGACAUGGACACAGAACUCCUACGGAAUUUUUCACAAAUGACCAAUAUUCUGAUUUAUCAAAAUAUUGGGGUGGCGUUGACUUAGGACAGCUAACAAAUCUGGGAAAACAACAGCACUAUGAGCUAGGACAAUUUACUAGGAAAAGAUAUAGUAAAUGGCUGCCAAAGAGAUAUGACAAAGCUGAUUUCUACGCCCAGACUACAGAUGUAGAUCGAACACAUAUGUCAGGACAAACAAAUCUAUACUCACUAUAUCCAGCCAAAGAAGAUCAAGUAUGGAGAAGGCAAACUGAUUGGCAGCCCAUUCCACUACAUCCAGCCGAUUCCAAUAUCUGGGAAACAUUCCCCAGCUGUGCUGCUUAUACAACAGAAUUAGCCAAAGUUCUUGCGUCUGAUUUGUAUAAAGCUAUAGAUAAACAAUAUGCAGAGGUAUAUUCAUAUUUAUCACGCUAUUCAGGUGAAAAUAUUACAACUCUAUCAAAAGUGUACCCCGUGUUCGACAGUCUGAAAAGUGAAUCUACUGCUGGUCUUCGUCUUCCACGGUGGGCUUCAAAGAUAUAUCCAGAGCCACUAACACAACUGAUGGGAUAUUAUUUCCAUUCAAUGGUUUUCACCACUAAACAACAGCGAUAUUUUUCAGGAACUCUUCUGAAUUCGAUUCUAAACUAUUUUGACAACAAAAUAAAUGGUUCAGUAACCCAACAGUUCAAAAUGUACAGCGGGCAUGACACAAAUGUUGCAGGUCUGUUGAGCUCGCUUAAUGCGUUUAAUCCACCUUCUCCUCCAGAAUUUGCGAGCAGUGUAUACUUCGAAUUAAGAAACAUUUCAGGAUACUAUUUUGUAAACGUAUGGAGCAAAGACGGAUCCAACUUCAAAGAGGUAUCUAUAAGGGGAUGUGCUCUGGAUUGUCCUUUAAAUGAAGUUAGACAAAGGUUGAAUGAGAUAGUUCUAGAUGUUGAUACCAGAACCGAAGAGUGUAGUGCCGAAACGACAUUCGAAACUCUUGCAGCCAAAAAUAUGUACAAUAAGCUUAUUGAAACUGGUGAAAUUGAACGUCUUAAAAGCAAAUUUUAAAAUAAACUUAUUUAAUCUGGUUUAAAUACACUGUAAUAAAAGUAGAUUUCUAAGUGAA